AUGGCGUCCAAGCUGCCUGCUGGGAAGGCCCGAGGGGCGAAGCGGAAGAGGGUGGUGCUGACCCUGAAGGAGAAGAUGGACAUCUGUGCACGGCUGGAGAAGGGCGAGAACCGGAAGGAGCUGAUGCAGGAGUACAACGUGGGCAUGUCCACCCUCUAUGACAUCAAGGCCCACAAGGCCCAGCUGCUGCGCUUCUUUGCCAACUCCGACUCCAACCAGGCUCUGGAGCGCCGGCGCACACUGCACACACCCAAGCUGGAGCACCUGGACCGCGUGCUAUACGAGUGGUUCCUGGUGAAGCGGGCUGAGGGCGUGCCUGUCUCGGGUCCAAUGCUCAUCGAGAAGGCCAAGGACUUGUAUGAUCAGCUACACCUCACUGAGCCUUGCGUCUUCUCGGGAGGCUGGCUGUGGCGCUUCAAGGCCCGGCACGGCAUCAAGAAGCUGGACGCGUCCAGUGAGAAACAGAUGGCUGACCGCCAGGCAGCCGAACAAUUCUGUGGUUUCUUCCGAAGCCUGGUUGCUGAGCACGGGCUGUCCCCCGAGCAGCUGUACAACGCGGACGAGACAGGUCUCUUCUGGCGCUGCCUGCCCCGCCCCACUUCCGAGGGGGUCCCCAGGCCAGGCCCUAAGCAGAGCAAGGACAGGCUGACCGUCCUCAUGUGUGCCAACGCUGCCGGCUCCCACAGGGUGAAGCCCCUGGUGGUGGGCAAGUGUAGCGGCCCCCGGGCACUCCGAGGCAUCCAGCACCUGCCUGUCGCCUACCAGGUGCAGGGCCACGCCUGGAUGGACAAGGAAAUCUUCUCUGACUGGUUCUACCAUGUCUUCGUGCCCUCCGUGAGGCAGCACUUCCGGACAGUGGGCUUGCCUGAGGACGGCAAGGCCAUCCUGCUGCUGGACAACUCACGGGCGCACCCUCCCGAGGCCUCGCUGGUGUCCAACAACAUCUUCACCAUCUUCCUGCCUGCCGGGGUGGCCUCCCUGAUCCAGCCCAUGGACCAGGGAGUCCGACGGGCCUUCAUGAGGAGUUUCCUCAACCCCCCCAUCACACUGCAGGACUUCCACCCCCGCUACAGCAUCCACGAUGCCAUCUUCCACGUGGCCUGUGCCUGGGGUGACGUCCCCAGAGUGGUGCUGCGGCGUGCGUGGAGGAAGCUGUGGCCGGCUGCCCUGUAUGCCAACGGUUCCUCCUCAGAAGGCGAGGAGGCAGAGCCCCCGCGGACCCAGCCGCAGAGCAAGACUUGGAGCCACGUCAUGGGGUUCCCGAAGGACAGUGCACCCCACGUGAGCAGCAGGUGCCACAAAAGUGAAGGCAGAGAGUCGGGGGAAGCUGGGAAGGAACCCCAGCGCAGUGGUGACGGCCACAUGGGGGCUGCAGAGCCGGUCCAGUGGGUCUGUGAGGCGGGAAAGGCCCAGGGAGCCUGUCCAGAGGACGUGGGCGCCUGGGAGAAGGCUUCUGCUUCCUUUGACGUUGUCUUGGACUUUGCGGACAAGCACUCCUGCUUUACCGCCCAGGAGCGGGGCCAGCUGCACCUGCUCUAUGCUGUCUUCGUGCGGCAGAGGCAGGCGUGGAGGAGGUGUGGAGCACCCGGGACUGCUGUCAAGGUGGAGGGCCCCCAGGUGUGCCCCUCUCUGCCAGCCACAUCUGCAGCAGUGCCUGUCUGGCUCAACUCGGAGUUCUCGGCUGUCUGCACGCUGGCCAUCACUCUGCCCGAGUUCCUGCCCCGACCCCGUCAACGCGGCAGCCACAGCAGCUCUCCCCAUUUCCUCACCACUCCACUGUGA